UGGCCGCCUCACUGCUGCAAGAUUCUAACCGUCUUAUUUUGAUGAUGAAUAUGAAGGCGCGCUAAGCCGGGCUGGAGCGGAGUGUCUCAGAGGCUGCGCUCCUUCCAGGGCCCAAGGACUCACAGCUUCCUCCGCUGCCUUCCCGGACCAACAACCCCCCAAAAGUUGUGAUGCUUUUCUUUACCCAGUGCUUUGGGGCUGUAUUAGAUCUCAUUCAUCUCCGGUUUCAGCACUACAAGGCUAAACGGGUUUUCUCCGCUGCCGGGCAACUUGUCUGUGUGGUCAACCCCACACACAACCUAAAGUAUGUGUCCAGUCGGCGCGCCGUCACUCAGAGCGCUCCAGAGCAAGGCAGCUUCCACCCUCACCAUCUCUCCCACCACCACUGCCACCACCGCCACCACCACCACCUCCGCCACCAUGCCCACCCCCACCACCUUCACCACCAGGAGGCGGGGCUGCACGCCACCCCGGUGACGCCCUGCCUGUGCAUGUGUCCCUUGUUCUCCUGCCAGUGGGAAGGCCACCUGGAGGUGGUGGUGCCCCACCUGCGGCAGAUCCAUAGGGUUGACAUCCUCCAGGGAGCUGAGAUCGUCUUCCUGGCCACGGACAUGCACCUCCCCGCGCCGGCUGAUUGGAUCAUCAUGCACUCCUGCCUUGGCCACCACUUUCUGUUGGUGCUGAGGAAACAGGAGAGGCAUGAAGGGCACCCCCAGUUCUUUGCCACCAUGAUGCUGAUUGGGACCCCCACCCAGGCCGACUGCUUCACCUAUCGCCUGGAGCUCAACAGAAACCAUCGGCGCCUCAAGUGGGAGGCCACGCCCCGGUCUGUUCUUGAGUGCGUGGACUCGGUGAUUACGGACGGGGACUGCCUCGUCCUCAACACCUCGCUGGCACAGCUCUUCUCUGACAACGGCAGCCUUGCCAUUGGGAUUGCCAUCACCGCGACAGAGGUCCUCCCCUCAGAAGCUGAAAUGUGAGGCCAGGAGCCACGGAUGCUCCCCACACAGCCUCCCUAGGAAACGCCUGGGACCUCCCAAUGCCAGGACUCCAGACUCCUUUUUAUUCUUCUCCUGUCUUUCUUUCUUUUUUUUUUUUUUUUGUCUCAGGUACUUUGUGGGAUUUAGUUUUUGUCUGCCAUGGGCAUUAUAUUAUGUAAACAUCCUGUAAUUUAAGAUCUUGGUGUGAUGUUUGUCCUGCCUUGUUGGUGUUGCUUUAUAGAAUGUUUGUAAGACUUAAUCAGAAUAGUUUUUUCCUGUCACCUCCAAGUCCUUUCUCCGCUGGUUUUGAAAGGAUCAAAACACCAUCAAGCAGACUUUUGGGGUUGAAAGGAGGCUUAGUGUGAGAAUCAUUUCUUGUUUCUCUUUUCAGUCUAUUUCAGAGCAAGCUAAAUCUGAAUGUGUGCAGUUGGCAGGUUGGGGAAGGCGCCCAGCUCAGAGAUGGAUCACAUUUCAGACCAUCCAGACAUGACUCUGACACCUUCCCAGGAACCUCAAGGUCAAAGCUGAGCUAGCCGGGCAUGAGGAGAUCGUGUCUCCACCGCAGGGCUGGGGACUGGGCUAGAGGUGUCAUUGUGUGCUGAGUGCUCAGGUUGAUGCUGGGGCUCAGGAGAGUAGUCAGAGGCCCACCUUCCUGUGACGGGCUCUUGUCACCUUGUUCCCAGGCUGUGCCAUCUUCUCCUGCUCUGGAAUCAAAGUCCUCAGAUUUUUGGUGCUUUCUUAAAAACCCCUUUGCCCUCUGUUGAGCAAGUAGUAGAAAAGAAUAGGCAAGAUGGGGGGUGGGGAUGAAAAGCAACAGGAAAAAGAGAACACAAAAUUAAUCUCCCAUCUCUGAGAGGGCACUCCCUCCUCAGAGAGUUUUAUUAUCAAGUUAUAAAAUCCAUCAGUUCCUCCCUAGGGUGCAGUUCUUUCAUGUCAUGCAAAAAGCAGAACCAGGACUCAUCAUCAAAUGCAAAGAACUCAGAGGGUGGCACCCACGAUCUCUGACCUGGCGGGCUGGUCAUCACUUACAAACCUGGGAGGCUCUCUUCCCUUUCCUCACUUUCUAAAAUGCUCCUACCGUCCCAUUCAGCACGUAGACGUGACCACGGCUCAAGUAUGUAUUCAGCACCUGUUGCAGUGUGAAUGACACAGUGACGGAAAUCCAUAUUUCCUCUGCUCAGGCUGCUUUCUCUUAUUUGGUUGUCAGAACAAUUCAUCAACAUCUUCUUGUAGAAGUCUCUCGUGUGUUUGAAGAAAGUCAGCAUGUUUAGUCAACUUUGUCUUUUCUGUUCUAAGUUGGACACCUGUAAGCCUUCCCAGUAGGACCUCUUCUAGCUCCUUUUUAUCGCAUUUGUCCCCCCCUCUGGCUGCUCUCCAGACACUGCAGAAGUCAGGCACCCCAUCCCCAGCACAUUCCCAUGACAGCCAAAUGGGCCUUUGGCCAACCAGACAUUACUCUCCGUGCCCUGUUCCUGCACCUCACCCCCUCAGCUGGGUCCUGGCAGGCGUCCAAGUGACUACUUAGUCUCAGGCAGGUUGCCCUGGCUGGCCAUCUGCAAUUUUUUCUCUACCAAAAAUAACUGAUCCUGAAACACAACACCCUUCCCCCAACAACUGGGUUAAUUCUCCAGCCACUUUUGGUGCCAACUUACACCCCCAUGCACCAGAAGGGAGGUGCCAGUCGAUACAAGAUUUAAUAACAGAGGCUGCUCUGGUCACACAGUAAUCGCUGGGCCCCUGGGGCUGAGACUGCAUUCCAUCAGAGCCCUGAGAGGGGCAAAAAACAUUGCCACAGAUGGAGGCACAUGUCAGAUGCUGCAGUCGCAAGAAAGGAUUGGGGCCUGCGCAUUCUUUGAGCUCUCAGAUGCCCUGCCAGGGCACCAGCCACCCUCCUCCAAUCACACAGAUGCCCAAGAACACCUGAGGCUGGUCUGUCUGUGCGUGGAAAGACUGGCUGUCUUCCUCCUCACUGCAUCCCCAAUCCCCUUCCCAGAACCUAAGACCCCCUUGGCUGUAAGUCUUAUGCCUUUAGAAGCCACAGGUCCUCUCCUGGUUUUUGAGACUCAACCACUUUGAAAGCAUUUGUGUAGCAUCACAGGUGCUCCAGAUCAACAAACAAAACCUCAUUAAGAAUAUAACUAACAUUCACAGGGCCUUAGGGCUCCUGCAGACAUCACCUUUGCCUUCUGGUUGUGCCAAGUUACCUGAGCCACACUGGGAAUGACUUCAGGUUAUUUUCACUGCACACAAGACUGUAUUAUGAAUAAGUGAUCCCAGAUGGGAGCUUAUAUUUUGGUUCCUAGAAAGCUUUAGGACAAAGUAUGGGAAAUGUAUUAUUAUCUUCCAUCUACGGUGCUCCCCAAAAGGCCUCUCCAUAUCCAUAUGUGAAGAACUGGAGAAGAAGGAGCAAACUAACAACCAAGAAUUGGGAAUGGGAAAUGGUACCAGCAGUUUGUAUUUGAGCUUCACAGUUCCUGAAGGGCUCUUUGAUUUGAGUCUCAGGUUAAUCCUCAUUAGUAUCCUCAAUAUACUAACAGAAUAGAAGUUCUAAGACAUGAAGUGAUCUUUUCAAGGUCACACAUCAAGUGGUUAGACCACAACCAAAACCCAGAUCAACUGACUGCAAACUUGGUGUUCUUGAAGUAAGACUGAUCCGAAAUAUUCAGCAGUCUUGCCAGCUUACCAGUGGACUGAGGACCUGAGAAUCAACUGAGUCUUUGUCCUGGGAUAGUUGAGGGAGCAGGGAGAGAAAGACUGGAGUAGAUUUGCUUUUAGAAGCAUCUCUGCUUUAAGAACUAGGCCAGGGAUGGUGGCUCACAUCCAUAAUCCCAGGACUUUGGGAGGCCAAGGAAGGAGGAUUGCUUGAGCUCAGGAGUUUGAGACCAGCCUGGGCAAUAUAGCGAGACUUCAUUUCUACAAAAAAAAAAAAAAUCAGCUGGGCAUGGUGACACAAGCCUAUAGUCUUAACUACUCUGGAGGCCAAGGCAGGGGGAUGGCUUGAGCCCAGGAGGUUGAGGUCACAGUGAGCUGUGAUUGCACCACUUGUAACUCCAGCCUGGGCAACAGAGUGAGACCCUAUCUCUUUAGAAAAAAAAACAAAAAGCACUAGUCCACCUGGAAGCAGGGGGCCCAGGAAGUGGGUGGGCUGCAUAUGGAGGCUUCAGUGCGCCCGGCCCUUUCUGAAUCCCUUUGCCCACACCCAGGUUUCUCACCUUAGAGUCCCAGGAGUCCCUGCACAGAACGCUGGGAUCUGGUUGCCUCAUUCACACCAAGGUGCUAGAGUUAAUGACUCACUCUCUAAGGAGUAAUUGCCUUUUAAAAGAAGGCCUAGAGAGACAGCACAUUUAACAGUGAAAAAUGAGUUACCAGUAUCUGAACUUCAGGCAUCUGCCAGAGGUUUUUUUCAGGAGGUGUGGAGAGAGGAGCAUUCCUCCCCUUGAGGCUGAGCCUACAUACAUGGUUGACGCCGAAAUGGAGGUCAGGCCACACGAAGAUUGUCUUUAACAAUUGGUAUCUGCAUGAAUCUGUACCUGGUAAACCCCAUCACUAGCUGUGGCUACUCUGGACAUUUUAGGAAUAGAUCAGCAUAGUAACCAUAAUAGUACUCAUGGCUACCACUUAUUGAGGCUUUUCUAUAUGAUCCAGUAGGCUGUGUACUUUGAAUAUAGUAGAUCAUGUAAUCCCCAUAACAACCUUAGCAAGCAGGUGCUCUUUAUUGUACUCAUGUUAUGGGUGGGAAACGUAAGCUAAGAGAAUUUAGCCAACUUGCUUAAGAUCACCCAGCUAGCAAAUGGCAGAGCUGGGCCUGGGGCCGGGCACGUAUGGCUUCUGACCAACAGCAACCAUGUCAUUUCUAUGAACAUAUGGACCCAAGGCUCAGAAGGACCGAGUCAUAAAGUGUGAAUGGCAUAGAGGCCUUUUAGUGCUUUCAUACUCAAUAUGGCCUUUUAGCUCCCCUUUUUCUCCCUCUUUUUUCAACCCAAGACCUAGUGGAGUACUACAGCUGCUUGUAUUCUGGUUGUUAAUCUUUCAGGAAUUUUGCAAGCUGAUUGUUAAUUAAGUACAGUCAGUAUUAAAAAUGAUAUACAUUUACAAUUAAAUAAAUUAUAUUUAAAGCAAAGGUCAAAAGUACUUAAAACUCAUCACUUCCUAAUUAUUUCACUACUCUUUUUAUUCUCUAUGCUCCUGGGGUUAUUUACAUCUAUCACAUCUGUAUGAUGAACAUGCUAUAUAAUAAUGUGCUACACCGCAUCUUCCAGUUCCACAUUUAGUGACGUCAUGGUGAUUGCUUGAAAUUAGCCAUGGUGGAAGUAUUCACACCAUGGAAAUUAGCAAAUGCUACUAGACAGGGAUUUUUCUCCCUAGAAAGCCAGUUGUUAAGCACUCUAUAGUACAAUCAUCCCUCAGUAUCCUUGGGGGAUUGGUUCCAGGAAUCUCGUGGACACCAAAAUCUGAAGGUGCUCAAGUCCCUUAUAUAAAACGGCAUAGUAUUUGCAUAUAACCUACGCAAUCCUCCCAUAUACUUUAAAUCAUCUCUAGAGUACGUAUAAUACCUAAUACAAUGUAAAUGCUAUGUCAAUAGUUUUUAUACUGCAUUAUUUCUUAUUGUUGUAUUAUUUCUUUUUUUUUUCCUGAAUAUUUUUGAUUCACAGUUGGUGGAAUCCACAGGUGUGGAACAUGUGGAUACAGAGGGUUGACUUAAUACCACUGCCUAGACAUUACUGAUGAGCACAGCAGGGUGGGAGAGGGGACUUUGGAAGGAGAAGCAAGGCCCUGGAAGGCCAUACUGACGAGGGCAUAAAUGACAGCCAAGCCAGCGGAACAGCAAAUUGUUGGGGAAACACGAACUCUUCUGGAGAAGAGACUCUGAGGCUUAAGCAGCUUCAAGAGCAUUUUCUGCCAAAGAGCACCCUCUGCUUUCCCCCCCGGACACUUCCCUAUUGCUGUUAGUGUGGAAAGUUCUAUUUGGUGGCUUUCAUGGAAAAAUUGGGCUCCACAAACUCAGCCUAUUGGCUAUCCCAAUCCAAAAAGCAAAACCAGCUCUUUAAAGCUCAAAUUUCCUGUUGCUUGUUCUUAUAGGUCACCCUCCCUACCUCUUUCUUACAUGCUGGCCAAAACCUAAAGAAAUGUUUUACUUUGAAAUUAGAAAUUGGAAAUAUCUACCAUUCAAGAGACACAGCAAGCAGUGGUGUCAAACACCACAUAAGAUGCAUUAUCACAAAAGUGGGACCCCCAUAAAGCAUGAAGCUGAGGGACAGAAAACAUAAUGAGCCAAGGAAUGUCACAUGAAGAACAGGGCCCGGGGCCUUACUUUCCUACUUGGCUACCUCACUUUUUUGCAACCCAGUAAGGACCCUGUUCACAAUCCAUAGCCUACCCAGACCAAUACUCUUUCUAAAUCUGGGGCACAGUUUCCACUAGGACAGGAGUCACUGGAAACUUCCAGCUAAGUCCAUUGAAGCAGGCAGAAUCUUCAAGGUCAAUAGUGCAUCAGUUACUCUGAUCCCAGUGGUUUCAGUGGAAGGGAUGGAAGAAGUGAGGGUUGCUGAAGUUUCUACUUGGAUGCAUUUCUAAGGGAAAGGGGAAGGGAUCAUGGGUGGGACCCCAAAGAGUUAGACUUUGAUUGAGGUUCAGCUGCAAAUAGCAUCAUGCGUGGCGUCUCCUAGUCAGAUUGUUAAAUUUCAGAUUUUUUUGUUCAUAAGAUUUUCUUCAGGAAUUGGUGAGUUCCCCAUUGUGUUCACCUGGAAAAUAGCCAGCUGAAGAAAAACUUCACUGAAAAGAAAUCCGAGAGAUCUAGUGUAGAUAAACAUUAAUUUCCCCCCAAAUCAGGUCAUCACAUGAACUACCUGGAUUAGAAUUUGUCUUUUCCAAUAUUUUCUGAAAGUAUUUCACCUUGGCUACUAUACUAUAAAUACUCCUCAACCUUUUUCAGUCUUUUUUUUUAGGGUAUUGAGAUAAGAAAGAGAAAGGAAAUUGAGAAGCAUUUUACUUGCCCUGAAUUAAUGUAUAUAUAAUUUUCUAUGCUUUCUUAUAAUGUUAAAGACAAUAACUUGAACAAACUCAAACUGCUACUUCAUCUCUGCCCUCUCAUAGAAAAUGUCAUUAAAUUGCAUUUGAUAUUGUUUCCUUCGA